GCUCCGGACGGACCCGCGUCUCGCUGCGCCAGGUGCGCCUCGGCGUCAAGAUGGCCGCCGUCCGCCGCCUCCGCGCCGGGGACCCGCGGCUGCGCGCCGUCCUGUGCCUCCUGUGCUGGGCCCCGGCGGCCGUGGGCGCCGUCCCCGAGCCCGGGCUCUGGGCAGUCACGGCCAGCGACAAAUCAGGACCUUUGGUAUUUAGGAAAACCAUGUUUAACUCUACUGAGAUCAAGUUUUCUGUUAAUUCUUUCCAUUGUUCUGGGCCUGUGAAGUUUACCAUAGAGUGGCAUUUGAAGUAUCAUACCUGUCACAAUGAACAUGCUGAACUGGAAGAUCUGUUACAAAAGCACAAACUCAGUGUUGAUGAAGACUUUUGUGGUCAUUAUUUCAAGAACAUUGAGUGUUGGACAACAAAGAUUGAAAACCUAAAUUGCAACAGUGACACACAAGUGUUUCCCUCAUUGACUGGUAAAGAACUAAUGUCAAAUAUCAGAAAUGUUUCAAACCAGGAAGGAUCAAUGAAUGUUGUAGCCAGAACACAGAGGGCUGGGUUUCAUGUCUUUAUUGUUUCCAUUAAAACAGAAGGGACAGCUGCCGGCUGGGACUUGAACGUUUCCCUUUCUGCGAUGGGGCCUCAUGGAUAUAUCUCUGCGUCAGAUUGGCCUCUGAUGAUUUUUUACAUGGUGAUGUGUGUUAUUUAUAUUUUCUAUGGCGUACUCUGGCUGGCAUGGUCCGCCUGUUACUGGAAAGAUAUAUUAAGAAUCCAGUUCUGGAUUGCAGCUGUCAUUUUCUUGGGGAUGCUUGAACAGGCGGUGUUUUAUGCUGAGUACCAGAGCAUCAACAGCACCGGACUGUCAACGCAGGGUGUGCUGGUCCUCGCGGAGCUGGUGUCUGCGGUGAAGAGGACGCUGGCUCGCCUCCUGGUGAUUGUCGUCAGCCUGGGCUACGGCAUCGUGAAGCCUCGUCUGGGAGCACUCGUGCACCGCGUGGUGGGACUGGGCGCACUUCACUUUGUCUUUGCAGCCGCCGCAGGCGUCAUGAGAGUCACUGGGGGUUCUAACCACCUAGCUGUUGUUCUGGGCGACAUCAUUUUGGCAGUUAUUGACUCCAUCAUUGUGUGGUUCAUUUUUGUAAGUUUGGCACAAACAAUGAAGACUCUAAGGCUAAGAAAGAACACAGUAAAAUUUUCCUUAUACAGGCACUUUACAAACACUCUGAUCUUUGCCGUACUGGCUUCUGUAGUGUUUAUGAUAUGGACAACUAAGACAUUUAGAAUUGCAAAAUGCCAAUCAGAUUGGAUGGAACACUGGGUUGAUGACGCCUUUUGGAGCUUCCUGUUUUCACUUAUCCUUAUUGUGAUAAUGUUUCUGUGGAGGCCAUCAGCAAAUAAUCAGAGAUAUGCCUUCAUGCCCUUAAUAGACGACCCCGAUGAUGAAAUCGAAGAAUUCAUGGUCACAUCCGAAAAUUUAACUGAAGGAAUAAAAUUAAGAGUCUCAAAAACGAUUUCCAAUGGAACAGCUAAGCCUGCUACUUCUGAUAAUUUUGAUGAAGAUUUGAAGUGGGUGGAAGAAAAUAUCCCCUCUUCAUUCACAGACGUAGCUCUUCCAGUGUUGGACGACUCAGAUGAGGAAAUCAUGACCAGAUCUGGAAUGGCCGAAAAGAUGUUCUCUUCUGAAAAGAUCAUGUGAUUGGAGGCCCUUCCUGGAGACUGAGGAGAGCUUUAUUUUGGUGCAGUGUAACAAGUUUGUUCUGUGGUAUCUCGGCAGUGCGUGCUUUAAAAGGAGACUUUGGGUGGGGUGUGGUUUCGCACCCUUGCCGAGCUGCCUCCUGAAUAUCUGCUCAGUGCCCGUCACAUUGCCUGGGUCUGGAAAUACUCCAAGAAGAGUAUUACAGUAACGACACGUGCACAGACACCCUUAGUGGACCAGGGGCAGGAUGCAGUUUGGGGUUCUCUCUUUUUUCUCUGGAAAAUACGACAAUUCCAUAUUUUACAAAAAAAAUUUAAGCACUCUGACACUUCUCCCUCUCAUCUUUGAGACGGAUGAAGUGGUUCUUGUGAGGUGCAGCAGAUUGGGGGGGCCUGGAUGCAGUAAUCGUUGGCGUUAUACUGAAGAGCUUUGGGGAGACGUAGAACCCAAUCAGCUUUGUCAUGUAAGCAUGUUGGUCUGUUCAGGGCUUCUGCCCCUGCACAAAGCCCUCUGUAAACUUUGUAAACGUUAUGGCGCACACGUCGUGGCGAGUCAGGGCCUCCCUGGCUCUGCACCGGGACCCCGGUGCGGAGGGGCUGGAGCUCUGCCUCGGGGUGUGUGCCCACGCUGCUGACCCCCCCAGGCCAGGCGGCCACUGCCCAGCCACUUCCCCCAACCCCCUGGACACCUCCUUCCCGGCCGGACAGGGAAUCUUGUAGAAACUAGAACCUUGACUUGGACAUAAUCUUGACAUACUCUGUUUCAUAAUAAAAAGUGUGUAUUUAAGUGCACA